CUCUUCUCAACAAAAUCCCCCGCUUCCAUCACUUUUAAACAUUGAAAUACUGAAAGCCAGACUAAAAACGAAAAUGAAUUUGAAACACACAAAAAAAAUCAUUUGAGUCAUCGUCUCUCAAAUCCAGCUCGAGUCUCAAUUGAUUUAUCUCCUGUAAAGUCAAGCACCAAGUUCGGAAAGCAAUGACUUGAUUUUACAACUCAUUUGAAAUUGAUAUAUUAAUCAGUGCAGUGACAGCGCUACUGGGUGUUACAUUUCAAACACAUGACCAUGGCAGCAUGGUGUGAGUACACACAUGAAUGAAUUAAAAACUGAAACUAAAAAAAGCGCGAGCAUUCAUGCGUCAAAUCUGUUCAAAUGGCGAGAUGGCUGGUUAGACAUCACAUCAGGCAUGUGGUCAUUAAAGGAAGUUAAAAGAUCAUUUCUGGAGAACAAGGGCGACCCAAAAGUCCAAUUUGUCACAUACACCAGAAAGGGCACACAGUUGCAAGGGACACUCAGUGACUGUGUUGUCACAGCAUGUCUGCACACAACAUUCUCUAUGGAGUCAGGUCUCAUCAAGAUCAAGAGCUGUAUCUCUUCAACAAGGACAGAUUCUGAGAGUCAACAUUCAAACCAAAUGAAACUGAUGAGUGAGGAGGAGGUGUUCAUCAGCUUCUUCGGAAAAUAUACCAGCCUACUCACACGCAAUUGUUAAUGCCCUUUUCACCCACUCAUACCAUUACACUGAUUAAAAGUCCCUUCAUAAGACCGGAGAAGAACGUGGCUCGGAGUGUCUGAUUCAGUUUACCAAAAAAAUAAAUAAAUAAAAAAAUUGAACAAAUGAAAUUUUACAGGGAAUUUAUAAACAAGCUGAUGUCUGUUUGGAUAAAUAUUCUAGACUGGUCCCAGACCUUUAAAUCAAGAUUCAAGAUUAAUUUUAUGACAUCACAACAGGGCUGUAAAAGGUUUGUAGUCCCUGUAUGCUAAUCACAAACAGAAAUGAUAUGGAUUGGAAAAAUUAUAUAUAAAAAUAGAAUGUUUUUUUUUUGUUUUGUUCCUUUGGAGAAUGGUAUAAGAAUGGUUUGAGUUUAAGAUUCUCACAGUCUGGGGAAAUAAGCUGCUCUGUAGUCUAGUAGCACAGCAGUAGAAACCUCUGUAUCACUUUACGCCAGAUAAUAUCUGCCUUAGUCACGACCGCAUACUUCAGUGUCAUUAACCACCGGACACGUCUGUACCACUCGCCGGCAGAUACUUCUUUAUCACUUGCCACGGCAUACUUCUGUGCUGCUUGCCGGCUCACAGCAGGGCGAACAGGCCACGACACCGCCAGUGGUUAUCAUGCUUUAGUAUCUUUGGGGCUCUGCAGUGGCACCUCACCUCACCACUAUCGCUGAUAAUUGGUAGUUGAGUUAGCUGAUAGUUGCCAGUUACCUGUUUUUUGUUUUUGUUUUUUGAAUGAAUGUUGCAAUAAUGAUUAAAAAAAAUAAUUUGUCAUACAUAAAAUUCAAUUAUCAAAAUCUUAUCUAAGGAGACAAUAAAAUGCAACAUGAGGUUUAAAUCACAGGAGCUCUCUGUACAAAGGCAAGUGUCCCUAAACACCACAUCGCUGCUCUCAUGGUAAAAUUAUGCACAGUUUUAUCAUUCAUGCUUCGUGGGAGGUCUUCUUUCUGUGUUGUCUGCUGCUUCCUCUGUGACGGCUCUAUAGAUGCUGUUACUGGCAACACUAGAUCAUUAGGCGGAGCUCAUCUUAACUGAAGACAAUAUCUGCUUUGAGGAGGAACACUUCUUUGAGGAUCACACACUCGUUCACUGAUGGCCAACGGUUUGAGAUUUUCCCAGGAAGACCUUAAAGGCUUGGAUGAAUUUUACAACGACACUUAUGAAUACCCGUCUGAAGAGUAUUGUUGUGAUGGGGUGGGGGAUAUAUGCGACCUGAAAGAGGGCAUGCAGUUCGAGGCCAUGUUCAUCCCAUUUCUGUACUCGGUGGCCUUUGCCGUGGGUGUCCUGGGGAACGGGCUGCUGCUGGGAGUUCUGUUCCAGAGCAGGAAGACUUGGAGUGUGACCGACACCUUCAUCCUCCAUCUGGGUGUGGCAGAUGUCCUGCUGCUGGUGACGCUGCCCCUGUGGGCUGCACAGGCCCAUCAGGCUCCUGGGUGGACCUUUGGCACACCUCUGUGCAAGAUCACAGGAGCUGUUUUUACGAUCAACUUCUACUGUGGGAUCUUCCUCCUGGCCUGCAUCAGUCUGGACCGCUACCUGUCCAUCGUCCACGCCACCCAGAUGUACUCCCGCAGGAACCCCUGGGUCGUCCACAUCAGCUGCAUGGUAGUGUGGCUCUUCUCCCUGCUCCUCUCCAUCCCUGACUGGAUCUUUUUGGAGGCUCUGGAGGAUAUAAGGAGAGACAAAACAGAGUGCGUUCACAACUUCUUAAAGUUUGAUAAUCUGUCAGAAGACGCACUCAAGGUCAGCAGGUCAGUGGGUGACUGGCGGCUGGCGUCACGCCUCCUCUACCACAUAGUGGGCUUCCUGCUGCCUUCAGCGAUCCUGAUCUUCUGCUACUCCUCCAUCCUGCGGCGGCUGCGCUGCGGCUCCCAGGGCCUCCAGAAGCAGAAGGCUUUCAGGGUCAUCGUAGCCGUGGUGGCGGUUUUCUUUCUCUGCUGGACGCCGUACAACAUCACCCUCAUGGUGGAUACACUUAAUACUGGGAGCAGCAACGAGACCUGUGGAGUCAGAUCAUCUCUGGAGAAAGCCAGGAUAAUCACCUCCUCCGUAGGUUAUCUCCACUGCAGCCUCAAUCCCAUCCUGUACGCCUUUGUGGGUGUGAAGUUCCGGCGUCAGCUCCUGAACAUCCUGAGGUCACUGGGCUGCAAGAUGAAGACAAUCCACCAGUCCAGCAGGAGGAGCUCCAUUUGGUCCGAGUCCGGUGACACCUCCAACUCCAUCGCAAUCUGAAGCAAACAUGAACACGCUUUCAAAUUGACUUUAACAGACAGAGACAUGCACAGCUGAGUGUGGAAUGUGUUUCUUUACAUUUCCUGUGUUAUGUAACCUGCAGCAGGCUAUGUUUUCUUUUGAUUUCCUGUCUUUCAUGGUGCAUUUUUAGUCCUAGAUGAAUACUGACAUGACCACUGGGUAUUUAACUUUAGGUCAUACACCUCUACUUAUAGGCAGCUGAUCUAUUUUUCUUGUGUUGCAGAAAUGUAAUAUGAUCCUUUUCUGACUCCGAGACAGAACUUUAACAUGAAUGAAUCAGGGAAACAUGUAACCGACUGCAGUAAGCAUUGUGACUUAUUUUUUUUUACUUAUCUACUUAUUACUUAUUAUUAUUUCUCAUUCAACUCAUUGCAUAUUUUAUAUUACAUUUUUUCUGUAUAUUGCAUUGCAUUUUUUUGUAUGGUAUAAAUAAAAUGAU